GAGGAUGAGUUCCGAAACGAGUUUCCUAGGCGACUGAGGGGUUUCGCGCGGUGAGGAGAGGUGACGUCAUAGGAGGCUGUAGUACUACGUAUAUAGGAGAUGAGCUCGUGUCUCACGCCUGUUUUGAAUACGUGAGAGAAUUUAGUGAGACGUUUCGACGACAAUGCUUCGAUUUGUGUCAAUUUUCGCCGCCGCGGCGGUGAUUGUGCUAGCUGAUCCCCAGCCAGUGAACAUCUUCAAAACGGACAUCACGCCUGAUGAAGCACAGCAGUACCUGAACAGCCCUCCGUUCACUGACCCUCAACUUUCUGGACGCACCGCCGUCUUACCGUUGGUGAGGUGGAAUGACCCAAGCUUCCGUGCCGCCGAAGCUGGUCCUACUCUGGGUCAUUAUUGGAAGAACGGAAAGGAGAUUGAGAACACUAACGAUUAUUUAGAAGAGGUAUACAACGCAGCCCAGUUUCACGGUCAAGAUGGUCUUGGUGCUUACACUUAUGGCUAUAAGGCACCUGAGUCUUCAAAAGUCGAGAACCGUGUCAGGUCUGGUGACGUCACAGGCUCGUACGUGUACAAGGCGGGACCCAGUAACGACGACUUGAUAAAGGUUCGCUAUUGGGCUGACAGCCAAGGUUUCCAUCAAGAGGACAACGUGCCGAAGUAUGCGCCCAAGCAGGUGGAGGAGACUGUAGCAGUGAAAGAGGCUCGUCUGGCUCACGAGAAGGCUUGGCAAGAGGCCGCUGAUACUGCCAACCAUCCGUUCGAGUUCCAGCAGAAACAACAGGAAAAACUGUACCAACAAUGGCAAAACCAAGGCAUUGAUGUUGCUAACCUUCCCAACAUCCAACAACAAAGCAACGUUGCUCAACAAUACAGCAACCCGCAACAGCAAUAUCCUCAGCAAUAUCAGAAUCAGUUCUCAUCUGGUCAGCAAUAUCAGGGCGCAGCUUCAAAUCAGCUGUAUCAAGGAUCCCCUCCUAACCAACAAUACCAAGGAGCUUCUAACCAGCAAUAUCAAGCGGCUGCUUCAAAUCAACAAUACCAAAAAGCAGCCGCAAGUCAGCAAUACCAAACGCCUUCAAACCAAUACUAUAAUAGAGGUGCCUCCAACGAGCAAUACCAAGGAGCUGCAUCUAUUCAGCAAAAUCAAUACAGCCAACCUCCCUCAGGUCCCAAAGAUGUGAUACCAGCAGCGUCUAACCAAUAUCAAUCAGUCUCGUCACAAUAUCAAGAUGGACAGAAAUAUCAGGGAAGUCAGCAAAAUCAGGGAAGGCAGCAAUAUCAGGGAAGCCAGUCAUAUCAAGGAAGCCAGCAGUAUCAGGCUAGUCAACAGUAUCAAGGCCAGCAGGAGAAUCAAGUGGAUGAUGGAUCGUACAAUAAGGAGAAAUACGAAGAUCCUGAACCUACUGGUCCUCCUCGCGGUUUCUUCUAUAGCUUCGACUACCCAGUGUCUAUCAUCGUGCCUAAGAGUGAAAUCCAAGGCGGUGCUAAUCCUGGUCAACCUGUGGACCACGACACAGUAGCCGUAUCUGGACAACAUUAUUAAGUAGAUCUUUAUAAUCUUAUGACUCGCGUACAUAAGAAGUAGAAUUUUUACAAUUUGGACAGCAUUAUGAAGUAGGUAUCCAGAUUAUGCAAUUAGCUUUGAUAUACUAUGAGUUAAAAUUGAAUUGUUUUGAUAUUCAAUUCAGUAGAAAGAAAUCAACUACAACCUUUUCACGUGUUUGACACAACAUUAUUCAAUAAAUUACCGUAGUACCUACACACUUAUUGUAGGUACAUUCGUAAAUUGAUUUCUAAUGCUUAAAUCACCUCGUCAAUUGAAGUGAGGUUAAUACGUUGCCAUUUUAGAAGUAGGUUAAGUUAGAUAUUUGUAAGCUCUAUCCAUUCAGGGUCUUCCCGUUUUUGACACUCAUUAAAAUAUAUUAUAAUAUAUUGAGGAGUGUAUAAGUAUUUUGGUCGGUGUUUAAAAGUAUAACAUACUUAGUAAGUAUUAGUACUUCACUUGAUUAAAUCUUUCUACCAAUAAGUUAAGUUUGGAUUAAAAUCAAAAUUGAGUUAAACUCUUGAACCCGGCCAUGAUAAUGUUUUUUAGAAAACAAUGUUACCAUUGAAAUAGUAUUUCCAAGAACAGUUAACAAACUUUUCGAACAAGUAUCUGUGAUUGAAAUCUAAAUAAUUUUGUGUAAUAGAUGCCAUUGUAUUUUUUACAUAAAUAUACAUUACAAAAUUA